UGCUAGAGUUCAUAAAGGGGUUCAAAAGAAAUGCGAAGUGCGAGUUUUUUUCGUCUUUUUUUCUCAAGAAUAUAAAUUGGCAAAUCUAAGCAUAUAUUCUCUAAUUAUUCCCUAUAACACUUGUCUCAUUGUGAAGUACGUGAUCUCGUGAUAAUCUUUUGCUAAAAAUUCUUUAUUGAUCAUAUAUGUCUACUAAGUGGGUUUUAUCUAUUAAAUUUUGGCAAUGAAAAAUCAAUAGUGACGCAUUUUUGGGGCACACAAAACUGAAAUCUUUUUCGGAAGGUGUAGAGAAACAAGGCAUCUUAAUACAAACUGACAGUAUUGAAAAUGGGCAGUACGAAUCUCGUGGUUCCAGUGGUGUUAUGGGGGCCCUUUGCACCUACUCAUUGUGUUUCAAGUGUCUUUCUGUCACGCGACCAGAGAACACUUGCUACAGGUUGCUACGAUGGACAGAUAUGCUUGUGGCAACUCGAUCCAGAAACCAUUCAAAUGACUCCACGGUGUCUUCUUGUUGGACAUACAGCUCCGGUACUUUGUCUAUCUCGAGCUUCUAUCAUCCAGGACAAUAACUUUCUUGUGAGCUCUUCGGAGACGGGUGAAAUGUGCACCUGGGACUUAAUCGAUGGCAAAUGUCGGGAAUCAACAAAACUAAGUCAAGUACAUACCAGCAUUCAAGCUUAUCACAUGUCCAAUUGUGAUGAUAUACGUCUUUUCUGCAAUGGCUAUUAUGCUGAGAUUAUGAUCAUGGAUCCUUUUAGUCUAGAGAUAAUCUUUUCGUUAAGCUGUAAAGUUAAGCCUGACUGGAUAUCCGCACUUCACGUACUACGCCCUUCUAAGCGUAAAGAUGAUGUUGUCUUGGCUAUAACAACGACGGGAACAGUAAAAGUUUGGACUCUUCUUGGUAAUGAAAACAAGUAUUCAGAACCUAUUUACGAAAACGAAUCGAAGCAGAUUCGUUGUCUCAAUGCAAUCACCAUGAGUUGCUGCUCCCAAAACCAACGCACUGUAUUAAUUGUAUGUGCCAAAUACUGGCAAAUCUAUGAUGCUGGAGAUUUCACAGUUCUCUGCAGUGUUAUAUCUCCAUCCGGAGAAAGGUGGCUAGGAGGUGAUUUUCUUGGAAACGACCGCGUCAUUUUGUGGUCAGAUGAAGGGAAAGGUUACCUUUAUCGACUUCCCGCAAACGCAAUUCCUGGAUUUAUUUCCACUGUUAGCUGUAUUCCAGAUAACAAAGAAUUUCAUUCACAAUCUGUUGGAAAAGAUUUACCAUUUCUCUACUGUGUCUUGUCCCAAAUUGGAGAAAAGCCACUUUCUUGUCCACCUGCAAUGAAAUUGGUACCAACUACACGGGGUGGCAAAACUCAAAAGUACCUUGUUCGAGGUGACUCAGAAGGAUUCGUGACAGUUUGGUUAGUUCCUGAUGUUGCUAUUGAGGACAUUAAAAAGAUGCAAACAGAAAAGAUACCGCCAAAUGUCCUUAAAUCUACAAUAUGUACAAGUGUUAACGACACGUGGAAUUUGAUGACUCCGUCACCAGUUGGAAUUCUCGAUCAGCUAAAUCAUCCAAGUGAACCAAUUCUAAAACUCACGGCCAGUAUUUAUCUACCACAACAAAGCAGACUUGUGGUUGGUCGUGAAGAUGGUUCUAUUAUAAUCGUUCCAGCAACACAAACUGUAAUGCUUCAACUCCUACAUGGGACACACAAGAAUUAUCAUGAUUGGCCACCUCAUCAAAUUCUCACCGGACAUCGAGGACGAGUGAAUUCAUUGUUGUGUCCUUCAUUGGCUCAUCCGCGUUACGAUAAGGCACACCUUGUAUCUGGAGGUGUAGACUUUGCUGUUUGCCUUUGGGAUUUGUACAGUGGGACACUUUUGCAUCGUUUCUGUGUCCAUGCUGGUGAGAUUACACAAUUGCUUGUGCCGCCAAAUACCUGCAGUCCACGGAUUCAGAAGUGCAUCUGUUCCGUUGCUUCCGAUCACUCUGUCACGCUGCUGAGUUUGCAGGAGCGAAAGUGUGUAACUUUGGCCAGUCGACAUUUAUUCCCCGUUGUCAGUAUCAAGUGGCGUCCACUUGAUGACUUUCUCAUUGUUGGUUGUUCAGAUGGCACGGUGUAUGUGUGGCAAAUGGAAACUGGACAUUUGGAUCGAGUGUUGCAUGGGAUGUUGGCAGAAGAAGUAAUGUCGGCAUGUGAUGAAAAUGUAGCAGAAACUUCUUGUGGUUCCACAUCCGAAAUUGGUUUAGCAAAUCCAGCUGUGCACUUUUUUAGAGGACUUCGUCAUCGAAAUCUCUCGGCCAUUCGACAUGCAACUCAGCGUGGUAUACAUCAAUUGCAGCAACUUCAUGCUCACAACAAUCAACAUGCGGAGUUUCUUUUGAAAAACCGCAGCAGUCCUUUGUUGAUUCAAGGCUUAAGGACAAACCCCAAAGAUGCAGAGAGUCAUAUACUAUUUUUUGAUAUUGAAGGGCUAAUAUUUGAGUUGCAUAGUGAGGAAUAUGCUUCAAUGACAGCUGAAGCCCUAGAAGCACAAGAAGCAGCAGUGCAAGCUGGAGGACAAGUAGCAGGACACGAAGCAGGAAAAAAAAUAUCUGACUUCUUCGGAAAAGUAAAGACAAAGGCGGGAGAUAUGGAAAAGAUUCUUAAAGAAAAAGACAAGCACGGAAUUUUGCAGAAGAUGAAAGAAGGUGCAGAAAACGUCCAGACAAAGAUACAAGCUAAAGUUGAAAGUUUGAAGCAAGUGGGAGAAAAAGAUGGUGUCGGGGAGACAAACAAAAAGGCUCCACCACGAAUGGAAGCAACACACGUAAUGGAAGUAGCACAGUUACUACUGUCUCUUAUACAUUCAUGGGGUUUAGACCCACAUUUGGACAAAGUAUGCGAAAGUCAACUAGGACUCUUGCGUCCAAUGGUGCCGGUUUCAUAUGGAGUACUAUCAAAGGGUGGUUACAUGAGUCUCAUGCUGCCAACAUGGCAAAAUACAAUUGUCCUUCCAGCAGCUACAGAAUCAAUUUUGCCUGUUUCCACACAAGCAGCAUUAGCGGAUCAGAUUCGUUUAGAUACACUUACUAAACUCUUUACUGCUCGUCUUCACUGGGAGCUAAGUACAACUCUCACAUCCAAUCAUCUUUUGGCAAUGGUGGCCAUGUCCAAUACGCUAAUGUCCAUGAAUAUGGCUAGUUUCCUUCCAGAAACGGAGCGAACAAAAAAACUUCACAGGCAAGCGACACGUGCUUCAGCAUCUUGGACAACAGAGGAUGAACAUGAGGAAAUGUAUACUCAACAACAAGCACAGAUUAAACAAGGGUGGAGUCUUUUGUCGACACACCAUUGUUUCCUUUUGCCUGACAAAAUUGAUGCCCUUGAACCGAGAAACUUUAAGAGACCUCAAGUUGAAAUGAUGGCUAGGCGUUGGCAACAUCAUUGCAUUGAAAUUCGCGAAGCUGCUCAGCAAAUUUUGCUUGGUGAACUGGGCAGAAUGGGAAAGAAAGGUCGAAAACAACUUGUGGAAAAUUGGGCGCAAUUUCUUCCUCUCUACACACAACAGGAACCAAUUGUUCAACAACCUAUGACUCCUAGUCAAGUAAACCCAUCACAAUUGGGUGGAAUGGCACCAAAUGUGAAUCAGGAACAGGUAGAGGAGGAAUUUGAGGAGGAGGAAGAAGAAGUGAUUAGAAAGAAACCAUCAUCUUUGGCUGAGUUAAAGCGCAAACAGGCAUGUGCUGUAAUUUUACUUGGUGUAAUUGGAGCAGAAUUUGGUCAGGACAUUUCUAUUGAUGGUGGUGAAAAGCAGCAACAAACAAAACGUGUAACUGACCAGAGACGAAAGAGUUCAGUGGUAGAGGGCUUUGGGAUUGGCAAUAACAAUUUGGCUCGACUUACAUCCAUGGCAUUGACACAUUUGCUAUUAGCUCCAGCAACUCCUAAAUUGCCGGCAUUUACGCCUCUAAGGCGUGCAGCAAUUGAUCUAAUUGGUCGUGGAUUUACAGUUUGGGAACCCUAUUUGGAUGUCAGCAAGGUGUUAUUGGGAUUAUUGGAGAUGUGCUGUGAUUCAAGUCGUCUUAUUCCCAGUCUCAACUAUAAGCUUCCACUAACACCACAAGCAGAUGCUUGUCGAACAGCACGGCAUGCUCUACGAUUGAUUGCUACGGCACGUCCAGCGGCAUUUAUUACUACAAUGGCACGUGAGGUAGCCCGAUACAAUACUCUUCAGCAGAAUGCCCAAACACUCAGUACCCCAUUAACACAAUCUGUAUUGUAUCGGGCUAAACGUGAAAUACUUCAGUGUGUGGAGAUGCUGAUAGAUAAGAUGCAGACAGAUAUUGCUAAUUUGCUUGUUGAAGUAAUGGAUAUCACGCUGCAUUGCCUUGAUGGCAAUGAGAUGAAGAAUAAACAUCUUCAGGACCUCUUUCCGGCUAUUUGCAAAUUCAAUCAGGUAUCACAUUGCUUUGCAACACGACGCAUUGCUGUGGGAGCCAGCAAUGGUCAUUUGGCCAUUUAUGAAUUGAGACACAAUAAGUGUCAGAUGAUACCGGCUCAUACUAAUCCAGUCACAGCGCUCGCUUUUAGUCCCGAUGGCAAAUUUCUCGUAAGUUAUGCCUCUGGCGAUAAUAGAUUGUCCUUCUGGCAGACAAGUACAGGCAUGUUCGGACUCGGUCAGAGUCAAACACGAUGCAUUAAAGGCUACUCAACAGCUCCAAUUCCUGACGUAUCUCGGCUGAAUCCAAUGCGCCUAGCUAAACUUAUCUGGAUUAAUAAUCGCACUGUGACUCUAAUGCUAGCAGACGGAUCAGAAACACGCUUCAAUGUCUAAAUUAAUUAUUUAAUCUUCACUUCAAUAUUCUCUACAGUAAUUCACGUCGUUAAUGAAAAAAAAAAUCCAACAUGGAUGCUAAAAGUAUAUUGUUUUAUUUGGAAAAUUAUAUUUUAUUCUCAGUGUUUAUGCUAAUUGUAGCAAAAUAAAAAAAUAAAUGUUAUGUUUAAAAAA